GCCAUGGCAGCCCGUAUUCGUCUAGUGAAAUAAUUGCUCGGUCCGCCGACGCGCUGCUCGUCUGUGCUGCCGACAGCUCAUCUAUGCCACGACCCACAAUGACUGAUUCCGCUGGGCACGGCAUCCCUCGUAUAAUGCAACUCUAUAGCAGAUUUUUCUCCCUCUUCCGCUUCUCUUUCAUUUUUGCCUUUAGAACUCGUGAUCCGCUUCCGCUGAACGUUGUGAUUGCACUUUUGAUAAACGUUGCAUUUCACCCGUCGGCAAUCGAGCAGUUGCAAUUGCAGAAUAGUCACUCUCCAGAUGUGCUUUCGGACUUAAUGAUAGUCUCGGUGAACACUAAAAACACAAAGCAAAAUCUGGCAGCAUUCUGCGUUCAGCAGUGUCGAGCACAACCUGCUCAUUGCGCGAUAUGUAGUAUCGCAGCGCCGCCCUCGCGCGCACUGAUUCGCGUUUCUCAACGCGAGCAACCACGGAAGGCAGCAAGCAAGCACAAAACACAUAAAAAUAAAUUUCACAUUCAGCACAGACACGUCAGCAUCCAGCGGCAAAUUGUUGGGCUUAUAAAGCAGCCGAGGUGGCGAGUUGCGCGAGCCGAAGCGCACAUGAUGCUCUCAGAAAUUCCAGAACUUGCUCGGCCUUGCCAGAAUCCGCGCCCAAACUCGCUAACGAGGUCGCACCACUUUUUCUAAAAACAGACAGAUUUAAUACUAAACAGAAUGAAAAAACGUUGGGGUAUCUGUGAAAGGUUUCCAGGACCUUCUGAAUGCUUCGGUCGGUGGUAGUGGUGGUAUAUGGCGAUCGCGAUGGGCGACUGCGGCGGGUAAGAGUGCGUGGGAGAGAGACCGGGGUUUGCACACAUUAUGACAUUUCCAGAUUCUGAUUUCGCAAAACCUGUAAUUUUACUUUCGAAUUCAGACUACUCUUUUGGCAGUCAUUCUACUGCGUAAUCUCUGCCUGUCUCUUGACUUACUAUUCUUUGCAUAGAUAUCUUCCACGUCUUUCAGGAUUUUGGUGAUAUUUUGGUGAUCGUAGAGGGUAACCCCAACUUCUUGAGCUCUUUUUGUCAUUAACAAUUCCCCUUUUGAGCUUGUUUACAUUGGGACUGAAUUAUAAAAUCAUCAGAGUCAUUUCCUCAACUUAUUUGAUCUGUGGUUUCUUAAAAAAUAUUCCAUAUAUUAU